UUAUUUAUAUAUUGUUAUAUUGCUUUUAACAUUUAUUUUUAAACAUGAAAGAUCGACUGGAGCAGCUCAAAGCGACCUGCGACACGGACGACACCGACGAGGUGGAGAUCGCUGUGGACAAUGCGGCCUUCAUGGACGAGUUCUUCACGCAGAUUGAUGAGAUCCGGACCAGCAUCGACAAGAUUGAUGAGAACGUGGUCGAAGUCAAGAAGCUCUACUCUGUCAUCCUGUCCGCUCCCACAUCAGACCAGAAAACACAAGAUGACUUGGAGGCCCUGACCAAUGACAUCAAGAAGUUAGCCAACAGUGUUCGGAACAAACUGAAGAGUAUCGAGCGAAAUUUAGAGACCAAUGAAGAAAGAGUGUCAGCUGACACGCGGAUACGGAAAUCGCAGCAUGCCGUUCUGUCCAGGAAGUUUGUGGAAGUGAUGACCAAGUACAACGAGGCGCAGGUGGACUUCAGGGAGAGGAGUAAAGGCCGCAUCCAGAGACAGCUGGAAAUCACUGGUAAAGCUACCACGGAUGAGGAGCUGGAGGAGAUGCUGGAGAGUGGGAAUGCAGCUGUCUUCGCUGCCGGGAUUGUAGACUCUGGCAUCUCAAAGCAGGCCCUCAGUGAGAUCGAGGCGCGCCACAAAGACAUCGUAAGACUGGAGAGCAGCAUCAAGGAGCUGCACGACAUGUUUGUGGACAUCGCCAUGCUGGUGGAGAACCAGGGUGAUAUAGUAGACAAUAUAGAGAGCCAGGUGUCUAAAACGGAGGAUCACAUAGCGGUGGCUAAAGCCGAGACCAAAAAGGCUGUCAGGUACCAGAGCAAAGCACGCAAGAAGACAGUCAUAGUGGCCGUGGUCUGCACUGUGCUUGCAGUCAUAAUCCUCGCCAUCAUUCUGUCACAGACUCUUUAAGGAAGCCCCACGAGACUGCACCCCAAACUCCCUUCCUCUCUGUCCAGCCAUCCCUCCAUCCUGCUGACCCGCCCUCUGCAUCCCCACCCGUCCAAAGGAGAAAAGGACGGCAGUUUCAGCAAACACUCCACACUUCCUGUCUCCUGAAGCUCCGCCUCCCGACCUCUCCCCAGCCAGCACAUGGGAAAUAGACAGCCAAGUGUCUUCUAGUCCUGAAAUGUACUCCUCGGGGGCUUUGUUCCCGGAAGUACAACCCAUAACUUACGACCUGACCAUUGUCUUGAUGAAGUCAGACAAUUGGGAGAGAGAUAGUUACUGGGAGAUCCAGCAAAGAACAAACAAAAAUAAUGCAAACAAAACCUGAAAGCUGUUAAGGGACAUACAUAAAGAGAACUCCGGAACCAAAUGAAGCAAGGAGCACACACUCCUCACUCCAUGCAAACACACACAC